AUGUUCAGGCCUUCCCAUUUGCUUCGAUUCCAUCAGCUUACGCGGGUGCUCCUAUCAUCGACCAGUGACACUGCUGCUGAACCCGCUAGCAUCGAGAGCUUGGAGGCCGGCAUCCGCUCUUUUACCCAGCCUGGCGGGAUUCACGACUCAGAGAAGCUGAAAACUCUGUUGGAUGACCUCAUCCAUUGCAGUGAUCCACGCAAGGUGCGCUUCUGCAAAGAGGCCUGCCGAUUGGCGCACGCUGCAGGUUGCCAUGCGCGGUGUGCGGAACUAUUUUUUAGCUGUCGUAAUUUGGCCCCGGUAUCGUUGAGUGAUGUUGUUGUGAACGCCGCUGCAUCAACGUCACAACCUGAGUAUCUGCAACAGUGUCUGACCAGCAUUGGCGGCGCUGAUAAGUGUCACGGACCGUCAUCCCAUAGCGCAUUCCUUGUGCUCCGCAUCUACUGGCAGAGCACGAGGUGUUAUGUGCAACUUGAGCAUGCUCGCCAAGGCAGUCAUAUGCGAAAAUAUGAAAGGGCAGCGCAUGGUGUGGAGGAAGAGGAGGUGGUGGUGGUGGAAACAAUGGAGCAUCUGGAAAAGUACCGUAUCGUCUCUGCGGAGGCCUUUCGUCUACUACAACUUCCAGCCGAUGUGUCGUUUGACACUUGGUGGUCCAAGUCGAAACGGUUGGUGUUAUACCAUGCAGAUGACUAUGGUGAGGCUGCCGUGUACGAACAGCAUUUCUCCUGCUGGGAACGUCAAAUUGACGGGAAGACGAUUGAAUGGUUGGCGCCACAAGUUCUGGUGAGUAUGCUGCGCUCUUGUGUCAAGUCCGAGCGGUGGGACCUCGCUUGCCGCUAUGCAGAGCUUUCUGAAGUGUAUCUUUUGUCGGAAAAAAAUCCACCAGAUGAUGCUCUUUUCCAGCAAACCCUUUUGUUCUUUAAUGUAUCAAUGCAAAAUCCGAAAGGUGUGGCGUGGGUGAGACGUAUUCGUAGCCUGUGGCCGGAUUACAUUCCCUCCGUUUCUUUGGCGCAUAUUACUGCGAGGCUGGCGGCAGACACGAGUGAUGAGGAGCUUGCGGUGUGGUGUCUCCAGGCGCUCCUCAGUGAACGGCAGCCAGUUCCCCCAUCACCCCAAGAUGUAUUUCCUUGCCUCACUGCCCUCGCAAGGUGCCGUGCAAAGAACUUCAAGAAACUUCUUUAUGCUCUGGAAGAAUCUGGACUUGUGAAGCUAACCGAGGAAGAAUAUUUGUACCUGAAUUUGACGCACUGCCGUCGCAGCGUGCAUUGGGAAGACGAACUCAACCAAUAUAUAGAAAGACACCUCACUCAUGUCACGAUGGGCCCCACUCGUGCGGGACUCUCGGUUCGAAAUGCCGGUUUAAUGCUUCGCAUCCUGCAAGAGGGUGAACACGCCGGAUUCAUGAAGUACUACAGAAUUGUUAGGAAGGAAUUUUACAUCCAUAAUCUGACGGCAUCUGUGCAGGCGCAGUGGCUAGCAAUUGCGUUGAAGUGGGCUGCAACGCAGAGAAGAUUAGAACUUGGUGACUACGAGCUUCUCGUAAAGGAGGCUUACGGUUUUCUCGGCAAUACCGUGGAUGAUUCAAGUCCUGCUUUGUUUGCCCAUUCUCUUAGGUCGAAACUCGAAUCACGACUUAACGUUGUUCAGCAACUAUGGGAACCAAAAAAGGAUCGCGACAAUACCGCGGCACCCUUAAAUGGUGAUCUCUCCAUUAUGCGGUUUGUGCGGCAGCGUCAGUGUCUGUCUCAACAUGAUCCACCAAGCUUGGUGGAGGGUGCACCAGCCUGUCGCUCCAUCGGGCUCUGGGGAACUCGAGAGGCUCUUGUUUCCCUUGUCCAGCGUGAUUGGAGAGCAAUGGUUCAGAAGGGUUACUGA